UACAUAAAAAGGAGUCCCUCGUGUUUCCCAACUCUGUACAAGUUCCUGCAAGAUUGUCUGCCCAAAAUGAGCCUUCCGGCCUUCAUUGAUGUUGCUGAAUCAGAACAGGCCAGUGAGCUUAGGGUAUUCUUGAAAGCCCAAGGUGCUGAAAUAUCCGAGGAGACGUCUGAACAAGGCAUCCAUGAUGACCUGGAGAAGAUUAUCCAAGCGGCAAAUGUCAUCUGGAAACUCUCUGACCCGGCAGAAAUUGAGGGCAUCUUCAACAGCAUCCUGUCACUCCUCAUCUACCAGCGUCCGGAUCACCUGGAGAAUCUGGCCAAGAUGCUCAGCGACCAUUUAGUGACAGAGGGAACGGAAGAACAUGCCCCGCUGAAGCUACGGGUUCUCAAUAACUUAUUCUACGGGGUGGGCGUGGAGAACGUCUUGUGCCAUCACAUCUUCUGUUGCAUGCUGAAAGUCGCCGCCCAAGGCAAGAGCACAGGCAACGUUGAGACAGAGCUAGAAAUCGUCAAGAAAUGGACCAAGAAGUGGGAGUUGAACAGGGACCAGAUGAUCGUUGUUCUGAGACUGCUCUACGAAGCACUCAAAGAAAGUAAAAAGAGUGAGGCGUCCAACAAAGUCAUGGUGGAGCUCUUGGGAACCUACACAGAGGACAACGCCUCGCAAGCCCGUGACGAGGCGCAGCGGUGCAUCGUCAAUACCCUGGCAGACCCCAAGGCCUUCCUCUUUGAUCACCUGCUCACCCUCAGGCCGGUCAGGUUCUUGGAAGGAGAGCUGAUUCAUGAGCUGUUGAACAUCUUUGUGUCGGGAAAGCUCGAUGACUACAUUGAGUUCUUCAAAAACAAUCAAGACUUCAUCAAGACACUGGGUCUGUCACAUGACCAAAACAUGCAGAAAAUGCGCGUCUUGACGUUCGUGAGCAUGGCCAUUGAGCAGAAAGAGAUCCCGUUCUCAACAAUCGAGAGUGAGCUCAAGAUUACAUCCGAGGAAGUAGAAGGAUUUAUCAUUAACGUUGUCAAAACCAAAAUGGUAAGAGCAAGAAUCGACCAGCUGCAAAGGAAAGUGACGAUCAGUUACGUGACAUUACGCACUUUUGGCAAGCAGCAGUGGCAACAGUUGAGGGAACAUCUCGUGGAAUGGCAGAAGAACCUCGGACUGGUCCAAACACGGAUGGAGAAUAUCGUACCCAUCCCCAUCUCAUGAAUGGUACAACCCUGCCCAGAGUCAAAGCCUUAUCACAUCGCAGAUAGAGAACAGUCUACCUUUCCCUAUUCUGUGAAUGGUACAACCCUAUCUCAGCCUUUAUAGAGUACCGAAGUGAAUAUGUCACGCACAGCUGUGUGUCAAAGGAAUUAGCUCGAGAACCAGCACGUGAACCAACACGGGCGCGUAAUCCAUUCGUUUGCACUACACUUCCUGGUUCAAAUGACGUCACACUUCGGUACUCUGUAUUCAAUUACUGUUUCAUAGUGUUGGAGCUUUGUAGGUGACAAACCUCAAAGAUGUCGCUAAAGCUCUCACAACCCAGCACUAAUGCACAAGGUUUCAGGGCCUCACAGAUUCAAUAUCCACCCUCAGUUCUGAACUAAUCUAGAUUUGGUCAGUUCUCUUUUCCUUGAUCUCUUUUCUCCUCUGUACAUGGUUUUCUUUCAAUCCUGUGCCUCCCUUUGUAUCUCAACCUUGUUUCACGCAGUAUUCUGUGAGGUGCGGUAUCUUUAGAAAUGCAUACUUUCUCUGAAUGGUUGUAAACAAUUUCCUUGCUUUUUGGAAAGUGAGGUUGAGGUUGAAGAGCCUUCAGGCUGCAGUACUGAAAAUGCAACCACUGCUGCUGUCGACUCGUGUGAGGCACAGCAACUCCACACAUUGUACAUGAUACUAAAAUGCCUCAAAUCACAGUUAGCUUCGAGAAAUUGGAGUAAAAUUCACUCUCCGUUUAACCUUAACUGCAGACAAGUUUCUUUUUACCAUGUCGUUUCUGCUAAGCUCUACAGGAGUGCAAACCAGCCUAGAACAUUUUUACAAUAGCACCUAAUGUGAGGUUAAUUCCUAUCGUAUAGGCUCUUGAGUUAUUUGACAGUGUCUCAAUAUGUAAUAAAUCUUAAUGACGGUCAAUAAAUUGGAAAGUCAUGACA